AUGGAAGAGCCUCUAAACGCUUUCGCCAGGGGCAGCUCAUGGCUGUCUUCUGUUUUGGGGCCCUACGACGUGGUGCAGCAGCAGCAGCAGCAGCAGCAGCAGCCGGCUGCAGCAGCAGCAGCAACAGCAGCAACAGCAACAGCAGCAGCAGCAGACCCUGCGUCCCCGUGGCUCCUGUGCAGAGAGGCGCUGCUAAGCACAAACUAUAGAGACCCUGUAGUGCUGCUUUCCCUUGUUGCCGACGCCCUCAAGGGACGAAUGGCUCCUGCUGCGAAGACGCAGCAGCAGCAGCAGCAGCGGAAGCAGCAGCAGCAGCAGCAGCGACAGCAGCAGCAACAGCAGCAAGGGAAGGUUAAAGCCACUUGA